UUCAUACAAACCUGCUGCGCUCCGCGAUCCAUGCCUGACUUGUCCUCACAGUCUUGUCAGCUAUGUCAGGGGAAUUUCUCACUGAGAAAGUGUGUUUUCUGUUUCCUGAGCUCUCCUGCGGUUCAUUCUGAGCUCAGACAGAAUGUGUUGAACUCAACAAACUCUUCAGACGUUUAAACAGCGGACUAAAGUUACCGAACAAGCGCCACGCAGCAGCUACGUUUCAGAAGAUGGACAAAGGUGCUGCAGUCCUGCAGGGAGCUUUCCUCCUGGCUGAUCAACUGUGCCAGCCCUCAUCUCUGUCCUCCAUUCAGAAGGCUGAUUGGAGCAAGGUGGGUCAGGUGGUGGUCGGGGCUAUAAAAGACGCCUGUAGAAUGGAUAAAAACAACCCGACAGCUGUGAACUGGACAGAGAGGAUCAUCUGUGUUGUGUGGCUGAAGCUGCUGUGCAGAGAAGCUGGAGAGGACAUAGAGGAGACGUGGAGGAGGAACCCUUUCUUCCCCCUCCAGAACGGCCUCCCCGAGCUCAACAGAGUCGUCCUGCUGGAGUUAGUGAAGUCCACUGAGGCAGCGCGUGCGUUCGCCGGGUUCCUCCUGUGCUUUCCUACAGUGCAGCUCAACGCGGAGCUGGAAAGAUUCAAUCAACAUGUGAAGAGCUCUCCCGUGAAGGAAGAGGACGUGCGGCUCUUCCUGCAGGUGUGGUGGGAACUGUGGAAAGGAGGAUGCGAGCAGAAAGGAGGCGCGAGCGUCGAGGGGAUGUUUGCCAGCCAGCUGUCACGUCUCUUCUCCGAGUCUUCCAGUCCGAAUUAUCAAAGCGCCAAGAGGUUGAAACUAGAAAACACAGAAUCACCAGAGCCGGGAGCAAACGCAGACAUCCUGCAGGUUCUUCUUCAUGCUCUAACAGAGCUGAAAGCACACAUAUCCUCCACAGACCUUUGCUGUCAGGCUCUGUCAAUUUCUCUGGAUGCUUUAUACACAUCCUUUCUAAUAGAUGCAGAAGUUGAACUCCCACCUGAAAGAAAGCUGCAGAUGUUGAGCCAGAUGAUCAGCAGCAGAGGGAUGAACGGUGAGCAACUGAGUCCUGAGCUCAUCCGGGAAGCUCAGAGAGACUUGCGUGCUUCUCACACACCAGCUCAUUUUCGGCCCAGCACGAUAACACUGAGGGGAGCCUUGAAGGUUGUAACAGAGCUUGCAGAGUUUUGGCAAAGCAGCAAGCUCCUGAAAAUGCAGGACGGCUGUGGUCCGAGCUUCAACACAUUCCGACUGCAGCAAAGCGUCCAGAGAGUCCUGACAGCGCUGGAUGAAAGAGAGGAAGACUCGGAGGAGAGUUCUCUCAGGGAUUUACUGAAGUCUCUGGAUCUUCCCUCCACAGAGAGCAGUCCAGAGGUGAGCGCACAGGUCUUGGCUGUAGUCAUAGCAAAUCGUUUGGAAGACUACGAGAGCUUUGCGGUGCUGUUUGCGGAUGAGAUGUCACAAGCGCCGUGCGACGAGCGCUGGCUGGACUGCCUGGAGAAGAACCAAGCGGCCUUCAGGCAACACGAUGCGCUCAUCAGACUGUCUUCCACCCUGAGGAGAAACCUCCACAGCCAGGGUGCCGACGUGAGCCGCUGCAGGAAGCUCACGAAGCUCGUCGCUGAUAUCUUCUCCGCUCUUUCCUUAGAGGAUAAGAACAGAGCCCUGGCGGCCACGCUGCAGUCAUCCAGCAGGGGCUUCUUCCAGCAGACCGUCCCCUCAGCCCUGACCGAGGCGUUCGAAAAGGAGCUGAACAUGGCCUUCAACUGCAUCAUCCAGGGCGGGGGCAGAGCGUCGGCCGCUAAUCUGAACACAGCCGUCUCUUUAGUCGCGAGAGUUUCCUUCCAGAACCCCGAAGCUGCUCUGAAGUCCUGCUGCCAAUCAGCUGUUUUCAAUAAAGGAGGCUUUUCUCUCAUGGCUGCAAUACUCCAGCAGCUGCCUGGACUGAGAGGUCAGAGGUCAGGAGGCCCUGCAGCUGAGGACGGGCAGGGAGGAGGUGCUCUCCUCUGCAGGUGUUUGCAGGAGACCAUCAGGAACAAGUCCCUGUCGAACACAGAGAAGGAACAGUUCCUGAAGUUUCUGGGUCUCCUGAUGACGCCUGUCCGGCCAGCCGAGGGAGACGAGAAGCAGCAAAGCUUCCUGCCUCCUCAGGAAGUCAUCAACACCUUCGUCCUGCCUCACAUCUCUGCUGGGGCUGACGCAGAUCUGAGUCUGCAGCUCCUCCAAGCCGCUCUCUCCCUGGACGAGCUUUCCUCUCCUCACUGGGUGAUGCUCUGCUCUCCGUUCCCCCUCCUCUACAUCCUGUCCCAGCUGCUCCAUCAGACUCUAGGUUUCUGGGAGCAGACCCCAGGGGGCGCCGUCCAGCCCUGCUCCAUGGACUCGAAGGAGCUGCUGGCCUCAGUGCUCACCAGGCUGGGGGAGCUGGUGGGGGCGGAGAUGGCGGCGGCCCCCAGCAGCUACUCCAGAGCUCUGUUCUGGCUCUACAACAAGACGGAGGAGCUGGACUGGACCGUGCGGUUCUACCUGAAGCCGGUGUGGGGGGAGCACUUUAAGAACGAGGUGCCCUCGUCCCUGCUGGCCGUGUGCGAUCUGCCCGAGCAGGAGUGGUCCGGGUCAGACCUGCCCCCCUACGGCCCAGGCACCGGUCUCCUGGCCUGGAUGGAGUGCUGCUGCAUAUCGGACCCCCUGCAGACCACCAUGCUGUCCCGCCUGGCUCUGGACCGGAGCAGUCCGGAGCAGGUGGGCAUGUUCAGCAAGGGCGUGCUGGUGGCGCUGACGCAGGUCCUGCCCUGCUGCUCGCCCAGCCAGUGGAGCCGGCUGCUGCGUUGCCUCCGGGAGCUGGUGGCCUCGGCCCGCCUCCACGUGCCCUUCUCCCUGGAAUACGUGGACCACCUGCCCCUGCUGGACCUGCGGGGGUUCUCCUGCGAGCUGCGGCUGUCCGUCCUGCUGCUGCGGGCCCUGCAGCUGCUGUGCGGGUCCAGCUGCUCCCACUGGCUGCCGGCGGAGGGCUGGGCUCACGUCGGGAGGCUGUACGCCCACGCCGUGCGGGAGAUCAUGGGCUCGGUCAGAGCCAAGCAGCCGCUCCCCUCGCCCGGACGCUCCGGCGUCUCCAAACACACGCCGGUCACAGCUCCGAAAGUGUGUGACGGAGAAGAAAACUCGCCAGCGGAAGAGGGGGAGGUGCAGGUGGGAGCAGCUCGCAGCCAGGAGGUGCUGUUUGUCCUCAGUCAGCUCUACUGCCACGUCCAGCACAUCCAGGUCAUGAUGCCCGGCGGACAGUGCGAGGCUCUCUUCCUGUCCAGCCUGGACAUCCUCAGCCACUACGAGGCCGUCAUGGCCGCCUUCCCGGACAGCUGCACCUCGGUGGAGAGCGACAACACCCGCCACUUCUUCUCCACCAUCACCGACAACCUGCAGAGCCGCGAGAUGAAGGCCGUGCUGCAGCAGAAGAUCGCUCAGCUGGUGUCCUCCACCGCCUGAGGCAGCGUCACGAACAAUACGACCACAUGUCAAAGUGUAUUUCUGUCCCCACAAAGAAGGUAGGAUCCCUUGAUUCUCGUGCGCUGCUGUGUUUUAGAACCCACAAAGUCAGUAAAACACACCUGCUGCUUUGUGUGGCACAUGCCCACAGUUGUGUGACCCUUGAAUUGUGUUCACAUUUAGUUAAGAAGUGAAUAAAUCAGUGAAAUUUAUUUUCUAAAAGCCUGUUUGUGCUGCUUCAGUUGGUGCACUCUCUGUAAAGUUUUCAUGUUCUUCCUGUGUAUCCCUGGGUUUUCUCCAGGUCCUCUGGUUUCCUCUCACAGAGUGAAUCCAAAUUCCUUGUAACUUUGGAAAAAUGAAAAUGAUCUACAGUCAGCUUAUGUAAUGUAUUCUGCAUGUACUGCUGGUGGUCUGUAAUAAGAACUGCGGGUCGCAGGAUGACACGUCACCGUGUGAACAACAGAACAUUUCAGUAAAAAUGACCCCUGUUUGUUGGUUUACUAUUAAUAUAGUAUUUUAGUGAAAGUAACAGAACAUCAGUGACGGUCAGGCUUUUUUAAUAUUCAGUUAGAGAGAAAAACUGCAGCUGAUCUGGUUUCAAAUAUUUCUGUAUUUUUGCCAAAUAAAAUAAUUUGCUGUAAACAAUAAAAAUACAUACAAGUUUUUUAAUUAACUUUCUUUUUUCAAACUAUUAAACAUUCAUUUUUGUGAGGUAACGACUGCUAGCUCGCCAAGAUGCCUCUUUUCACAGUGUAAAUCAAAUGGCAUGAAAUCAGCCUUUUCAUUGUAAAUAUUGUUUGUGAAUAAAUUUAUUUCCAUAU